AAGUGAUCAGCGAACAUGCAUGAUCAUCAAGGCAAAGCUCGUGUUCAUGACCACUUGGACGAGGUACAAAACCUCAGUCUGCCGGCCUCCAUUCUGUUUCCAUGUUACCAUCAUAUCCAUCCAUUAUGCGCUCACUAUAUCUUCUAGCGUCUUCGACUUUGGCAUUUCUGGCCCAUGCUGCUGAGAACAGCACUUGUUCAGAAGAUCUUAAUGCCUUGAGCGUUGCAAACCUUGACGACGUUCGAGGUAACCUGUACCUACCUCCUUCUGCCAGAGGCGGUCAAAGCAUUACAUGGAGCAGCAGCGACGAGUCUGUCGUCUCGAGCGACGGAAUCGUCAAAAGACAAAGCAUCACAACCCAAGUAGGAUUGACAGCCUCGAUCGAUUGUGAUGGAACGCCAGCUAGCCGCGAAUUCAAGGCUUCUGUUCGCCAAGCAGUUGAGAUUGGUCCCUACGAGGGCUACGCGUUUGCAUAUUUCACCAACAACUCACGCUCAGGCGAGAAUAUCUUCUUCGCUGCCAGUCAUGGGAACGAUGCUUUAUCCUGGCAAGAGCUUAAUGGGGCGCAGCCCGUUCUAAAAUCGACCUAUGGUACGACUGGACUCCGCGAUCCCUUCAUCAUUCGCUCCCAUGAAGGUGACACCUUUUACCUCAUCGCUACCGACCUGUCCAUUGGUUCCGGUACCUCUUGGGGCGAUUCAGUCAAGUUUGGAAGUCGCUACUUGGAAGUCUGGGAGUCUCAUGACCUCAAGACGUGGUCGGAGCAACGUCACGUACUGGUUUCGCCUGCUGAAGCUGGCAACACUUGGGCUCCCGAAGCUUACUACGACGAAAGUAUCGGUUCAUACGUCGUCUUCUGGGCUUCCUCGCUUUACAACUCUACCGAUGUCAACCGCACUGAACCAACUUACCAUCGUAUGCUGUAUGCCACCACUCGCGACUUCGUCACUUUUAGUGAGCCACAAAUUUGGCAAGACGCUGGCCUGUCACGCAUCGACUCCACAAUCCUGAAGGAAGGCAGCAUCUAUUACCGCUUCACCAAGGACGAAGGAGCCGCUGCAACUGGUUGUACCGACAUCAUUCAGGAGAAGUCCACAUCCCUUAGGGCUACACUGGAGUCCUGGACCACCGUUGCUACCUGUAUUGGCAAAAAGGCUGGCACUAGCGGCGUGGAGGGUCCGACUGCGUUCAAGUCUAACCCUGGCGAUGUGAAUGGAGACAAGUUCUAUCUGUUUGUCGACGAGUUUGGCGGCCGCGGGUACAUUCCUCUGUCAACCAAGGAUAUCGCUAGCCCCAACUGGACAGUGCCGGCGGGUUACAAGCUUCCUCCUAGCCCUAGACACGGCACCGUACUACCUAUUACUGCUGCUGAACUCGCUAGCCUCACAGCAAGUACGACCAAUACAUCCAAGCGUACGACGUCUGCUGCGGGAGGUUCACCCGUGCUCAAGGGCUAUUUUGCCGACCCCAACAUUGCUGUGUUCGACAAGACUUACUACAUCUACCCCACGACCGACGGCUUCCCUGGUUGGGGAGGUCAGGUAUUCUACUCGUGGAGCUCGCCCAACUUGGUAAAUUGGACGAGAAGUGAGCAACCCUUCCUUACCCUGAACGGCACCAACGGCAAUGUACCAUGGGCGACUGGCAACGCGUGGGCUCCCACUAUCGCCGAGAAGGAUGGUAAAUACUACUUUUACUUCAGUGGCCAGAAUCCCACGUACGACCGAAAGACCAUCGGCGUCGCAAUUGCAGACUCGCCCACUGGACCUUUCACCGCCGAACCGACUGCUAUGAUUCUCAACAAUGAGCGCCUCACCACAGGUCAAGCUAUCGACGGCGAUGUGUUUUUGGAUCCUGUUAGCGGGAAGUACUACUUCAUCUGGGGUAACGGCCAACCCCUUCUUGCAGAGCUUAGCGAGAACAUGAUUUCGAUCGAAUGGGCCACUGCUCAGAACAUCACCGGUCUAGAAGACUUCCGCGAAGGUCUCUUCAUCAACUACCGCAAAGGACUUUACCAUCUCACAUACUCGAUCGAUGAUACAGGCUCCGAGAACUAUCGCGUUGGCUAUGCCACUUCUACCUCGAUCACAGGACCUUACACUUACCGCGGUGUACUAUUGCAGAAGGAUGUCAGUCAAGGUAUUUUGGCUACAGGACACAACUCCAUCAUCAACGUGCCGGGUACGGAUGAAUGGUAUAUCGCAUAUCACCGUUUCGCCAUUCCAGGAGGUGACGGCACGCACAGAGAGGUGACAAUCGACAAGGUGACCUUUGAUGAAAAAACUGGCCUGAUGAACACUGUUUUACCUACGUUGAGUAGUGUGGAGCCAUUCCCGGUUCCUUGUAACUGAUUGCUUGUGCUCUAUGGCGUAGCUUAGAUACGAUUAUGACGCUGCAUGAAUAAGAUCUCCUUUCCUUGACGUAAGACACAUUUGUGCCAGCACGGCUGAAGGAGGUGGAGCUUAUCGU